ACUUCCUGAGCCACAGCGGCCAGCAGCAGAACCAACAGUGCCUUGCUGCCUGCUUCUCGGCUCAGCAUGGGCUCACAGGCCCUGCCCCAUGGUCCCAUGCAGACCCUCAUCUUCUUGGACCUGGAAGCCACUGGCCUACCUUUCUCUCAGCCCAAGAUCACAGAGCUGUGCCUGCUGGCUGUCCACAGAUACGCCCUGGAAAACACCUCCAUCUCUAGGGGGCAGCCACCUCCAGUGCCCAAACCACCCCGUGUGGUAGACAAGCUCUCUCUAUGCAUUGCUCCAGGGAAAGCCUGUAGCCCUGCAGCCAGUGAGAUCACAGGUCUGAGCACAGCUGAGCUGGAAGUAAAUGGACGUCAAUGCUUCGACGACAACUUGGCCAACCUGCUCCAAGCCUUCCUGCAGCGCCAGCCACAGCCCUGCUGCCUUGUGGCACACAAUGGUGACCGCUAUGACUUUCCCCUGCUCCAGGCAGAGCUUGCUAUGCUGAGCACUAGCAGCCCUCUAGAUGGUAUCUUCUGUGUGGAUAGCAUCGCUGCCCUAAAGGCCUUGGAACAACCUAACAGCCCCUCAGAGCACGGUCCAAGGAAGAGCUACAGCCUGGGCAGCAUCUAUACCCGCCUGUAUGGGCAAGCCCCAACGGACUCACACACUGCUGAAGGUGACGUUCUAGCCCUGGUCAGCAUCUGUCAGUGGAAGCCACGGGCCCUGCUACAGUGGGUAGAUAAACGUGCCCGGCCCUUUAGCACCAUCAAGCCCAUGUAUGAUACUGCAGCCACUGCCAGAACAACCAGCCCAAGGCCACAUGCUGUCACAGCCACUACAUCCUUGGCCACAACCAACAAAAGUUCCAGCCACAGCAGGAGCAGGCGACCCAAGAACCUUCCUCCAGCAAAGGCCGCAGAAGCCCCAUCACAGGAGUUGCUGGCCCCAUUGAGCCUGCUGGCCUUCCUGACCUUGGCAGUAGCCAUACUGUAUGGACUCUUCUUGGCCUCACCUGGGCAGUGAGCCAAGAAGGAAAACCUGACCAAUAAAGACCCCACAGCACUGAUUGGUACUUGCCGCCUCCUCUUCUUCAUAGCCCGGGCCUCUGCCUGUA